AUGGCAUCGCGCCGCCACCACGGCUGCUCACGUCGCCAUAACCACCAGGAUUACGUCCCUCUAAUCGCCACGUCAUCAUGCUGCUGCGAUUCUUGUCCCUGCUGCACCCAAUCCAACCACCCUUCUCCGCCACCGGAUAAUCUUCUUCAUCUCGUCGCUUCUUACCUCCAAAAUCAACAACAAGAGAGGCAAUGUCCUGAUCAGACCUGCUCCUGCGAAACUCAGUGUCUGAGAUUCAACGGUAUUAGAAGCCACCAACACCGUGUUUUGCAUCAGCAGAAGAAUGCUCCACGAGAAUGCGACCACAUUGUCCUGUCUUGUCUUCUCCGGAAAAUCGAUGACCUCGAGUCUUCCCUCAACCAGUUUUCAGCUUGCUAUGUCCAACGUCGCGAUCGGCACUCUACACUGAGAGAUUCCGCGGCGCGUGUCAUUCAAACCCAUUUCCGAUCUUACCUUGUUCGGAGAUCCAUAUCCUUUAGGCAUCUCAAGGAACUCGCAACGAUCAAAUCUAGCUUCUUGUCUCUCAAAUCUUCGGUUUUGGGGAAACCCCAUUUCCCUUUCAAAGCUGUUUCUCGUAAAGCUACAGACUUGCUUCUGCAACUGGAUUCGAUUCAGGGUAGGAUUGAUCCAAUGAUACGAAAUAGUAAGAGAUCAUUAAGCAGAGAUUUAGUGAGGUUUUUGCAGUACAUUGAUGAUUGUGCUAUUAAAAGAUUUGACUUCGUUAGUAAAUCUGCAAUGAAUGUGAGGUUUGUGGGUAGCGGCAGAAAACUCAGGGGUUCUGAUGGCAAAAAGCCUCAGGGUUUUGGUGUAGCAGAAGACAGAACAAUCGAGAAAUUGAGGAACCGGAUCGGUAAAAGAAAGGUUGGUAGAUCUAGGUCUAGAAUUGGAGUCGUUGUGAAAGGCAAUGAGCUGAAGCCUCGCGUUAGGAAACCCGUGGUAUUUGACAAGAAUAUGAAUGUGUAUCAGUUAUAUGGAGAUACGCAUGACCUAACUUCGAGUGCAGAGGAUGAUUCGGUUGAUGGUGGUGAGGAAAUUGUGAUGAUGUCCAGGGAUAGUGGAAUACGGCCUAGUUCAAAAACUAGAAACAUGGUUUUGGUGAAAGGAAGUGGAAGGAUAAACAAGGUGGGGAAAACUGUGAGCUUUGAUGAGAAUGGGAACAUAUAUAAGGUUUAUGGAGAUACGACAGAGUCAAGCAUAAGCGAGGAAGAUGAGUCGACAAGGAAAAAAGAAGAAGAAGAAACUGAUUCUGAAAAUGAAGCCUCUUCUUCAGAGGGUAGUGAAGGGGAUGCAAUAGUUACGAGAAAUGCUGAUCACCCGGGAAAUAAUGAACAGAAUAGAGAUAUCCAGCUUCAAAAAGGAAGCUUAAUGUUCUCUCCUCCAUUGCCAUUAAAAAUGGAACCUUGA